AUGGAUCUGCUGGAGUGUCCGAAUUGUCUGUUCCUCAUGUGCGAGCCAGUGACCAUGAGCUGCGGUCACUCUUUCUGCAGGAGAUGCAUGGGAGCUUUCCUGCCCUCGCGAUGCCCCACAUGCAAAGACCGACUGAAACAGAGAGAUGCGAAAAACAUCAAAAACAACGUGUUACUUUUCAGCGUCAUAGAGAAAUGCUGUCCCGAGGAGACUAAGAUGAAAUACCACAUUCAAGAGAAACUGAAAACGAGCGAGUUUACAGAAGCGCUUCGUAUUGCCGAUGAAGGGAUCGAGAUGGCCCCUGAAGAUGUGAGUCUGAAAGUGUGGCGAGCUGAGGCCUGCAUGGGCCUCCGUCGUUUUUCUGAUGCCCUACGUGACCUGGAUGAUCUGUGCUGUGUACGACCCAAUUGGACUGAGGGUUUCUUCCGUAAAGGGAAUGUGCUUCUUGAAAUGGGCAGGCAGCGUGAUGCCCUCAUCCAGUUUUAUCAUUGCCUGAAGCAGCACCCUGAUUUUGCCCCUGCAAAAAAUCAGAUUAAGAAGAUCCUGGAAGCAGAGGGCAUGGCUGUACCAGAAGAAGUUCCACAGAUCCUGCAUGUCGUUUCGGAGUAUUUGCAAGAUCCCUGUCCUAUCACCAGGUCCGUGAGCCCCUCGUGUCCAGAUAGUCAGCACUACUCCCACAACAAUGCCGAAGGUCAAAGUGAUCCCAGGCAGAAUGCAACUAAAGUAAAGCAUGCCACUAGUGGUGAGUGCUGUCUGAGCCUCUGUCAAGCUGUGUCCUUCCUCCCCACGGCUGAGGAUGAUGAGGAACUGAUGAUGAAGAGAGAAGAGAAGCAAAACAGAGGUAUGUGCAGUGUGGGCCGAGAGUCCUGCCUCAGCGUUCUGACAGUGACUGAUUUUGAGUGCCCUCUCUGCUUCAGGUUAUUCUAUGAACCGAUGACAACACCCUGCGGACACACCUUCUGCAAAAACUGCAUUGAGAGAAGUCUGGACCAUAAUCUUCGCUGUCCACUUUGUAAACAACCACUGCAGGAGUAUCUUAAGAACAGGAAGUACAACACUACCGUGCUGCUGCAGGAGAUCAUGUCUCGCCUCUUCCCCCAGCAGUUGGCAGAGAGGAAACAGGUGCACGAGGCAGAGAUGGCAGAGCUGUCUAAUUUGACUAAGGACAUCCCGAUCUUUGUGUGCACGGUGGCGUACCCUGGCAUCCCAUGUCCGCUGCACAUCUUUGAGCCUCGCUACCGUCUGAUGAUGCGCCGAUGUAUGGAGACUGGCACCAAAAAGUUUGGCAUGUGCAGCUACGAGCAAGGCAAAGGCUUUGCAGAUUAUGGCUGCAUGUUGGAUAUUUUGGAUUUGGAUUUGCUUCCUGACGGUCGCUCCAUUGUGGAAACAGUGGGAGGAAGUCGCUUCCGAGUGCUCAGGAGGGGCCAACGAGAUGGCUAUCACACAGCCGAUAUUGAGUACCUGGAAGAUCAUAAGGUGGAAGGUGCGGAGCUCGAAUCGCUGCACCGUCUCCAUGACAGUGUGUAUCAGCAGGCGAGAGAGUGGUACCAUCGUCUGAACAGCCGCAUCCAGGAGCAGAUCAGCCAGCAGUACGGCAUCAUGCCCGAGAAAGAGGACGACAUACAGGCAUCUGCUAAUGGGCCGGCCUGGUGCUGGUGGCUGCUGUCGGUGCUGCAGUUAGAUCCAGCCUAUCAGACCACCGUUCUGUCUCUGACCUCCCUGAAGGACAGACUGGGUCAUCUACGUAUCGUACUAGAAUACUUCUCUCAGAGCUAGGGCAGGGAGACACAUCAUCUGAUCACGUCGCACGCAUGCACCACGGGGGAUGUGAAUUUUCUUCCGAGCUACGAAAUGUAAUAUUUUUCUGAUCUUAAUCUGUACACAAGAUCUCUUGUGGUUGGGAAGCUACGAUAUGGGUCAGUUUAAAAAAAAUAGAUGACCUGUUCCAGUGGCUGCACGACUAUUGAAUUAGUCAUCGAACUAAAUCCUACUUCAGUCGAGCACCAAAGAAUCAAGGACUCGUUUUACGCAGAACAGCUGUUUAUUGGUUCACGCUGUGCGCUUCAUUAAACGUCGUCGGGAGUGGAUGCCAAAUGUCGCAGCUAGUUUUGUUGACAUACAUUUGAGAUGUUUCCAGUAGUGCUGGGCCUCGGCCAGGAUUUGUUUUUUAAAUGUGUAGCUCGCAUUUGUGGCCGAGAGGGAAACAGUUGGCCCAAGAGACUGAUGACUGAAUAGGAGCUCAUUGAUUAUGCAUGAAUGAAACACUUAUGACUACAGCCUCAAAAUCUCACAAUUCCGGCCGUUAGUUUGAGUAGAAUCAGAAAUAAUAUUAUCCUUGGUAACAGAUGAAGGGGUACAUUAAUAUUGCAAUACUAAUGGCACGGAAUACACUUCUUUUUUCAAUGAAUGGAAGCUGCUAGCUGUGGUUGUUUCAUUCGUAGUAUUAAAUGUGUUGCAAGCUUGCUGGCAUGACCGUAGAAAGGACAGAGGAAGGGAUUCAUAUUUAAAAGUUUGGGGUGAAUAAGAUUUUUUUUUUUAAAUAAAUGAGUACUUUUAUUUAGCAAAAAAUGUAUAAAAUUUAUUCUUUUCUGCUUUCUAUUCAUUAAAUAAUACUGAAAAAAAAUGCUUAUUUUUGGAGGAUCACACAACACAUUGUUCUUUACAUGAAUAAAUUACAUUUUAAAAUGUAUCCAGAUAUAAAUGUUAUUUUAAAUUUGAAUAAUAUUUGACCUUUUCGUUAGAUAAAUGCAGCCUUUCAGAAACAAAAAAAAAAAAAAAUCUUAAGUACCCCAAAUGUAUGAACGGUAAAGUUGUGGGAGAUGUUAUAAAGCUUUUAGCUAUCUGGUUGACCAUUAUAGCUCUCCAAACCUCUUUGUCAAUCAUAUUGGAUUAUUUCUGUGUGCUUGUGCCUUGUGAUGGGCCUUAAUCUGUUUUCAGAUAUUUGGUUAAGGACUGCAGAUUUAUGCUCCUUAUUUUUUCUUUUCUUCUGUUUAGUGCCACAUUCCAAGGAAUGUUAAAACUGCAAUGUUACUUGUGACGUAACACUUACAUGGGCUUGACACCGACACCGUUCAUACUCUAAUACUCUGGUGAUCGUGCCAUUGUUUCGUUUUGUUUUGUUUUGUUUUGAAUCUCACACAUGUCUAUCUCCUAAUGGCUGGAAGUCCAAGGGUUAACAUGCACCCACCUGGCACUGUUAAUUUAUUUUUAGGUUUUUCAUAUUUGAUUUGUUGCGCACUGCUCUGAAGAUUACUGUCGUUCUGCAAUAUUGAAAACCAGUUACUAACAGGUGGGUGCUUUUGCUUUCAACCGUGUUCUGAAUGCAGUAUGCCUAAAUGUACUGAUGUUAGAUUUGUCUUAUUUGAAGAAGUGCAAAUUUGGGAAUUUUUGCGGGACAGAUCGGACGCAAAAAGGUUCAUCCAAAAACUAAUAGGCCUCAGUUAUGUUCCACUUCACGCUUCAUCACAGCUUUAAAUAAUCACACCUCCAUGGUCAAAGUCAUGCUGAGCCACGCAUUAUUCAUGAUUGCACGGCCGCAAUGGAGUGAUUCAGAGACAAAUACUUACGAAAGGGAUUCAACUCAGAAUAAGAUUUUAUUUGAAUUUGCUUUAUUAACUUAAGUAAGACUUUACUGAUUGAUGCAUCUGACGUGUUGUUUCCUAUCUAAGGUGCAGUCUUGAAGUCUAAUACUUUCUAUCCUCAGGAUACGGGGCUUGAAGAAUCGCUUACAAAUGCUGUUGCUUCAUCUGUCUCUAAUUUCACAGCAUUGUGGUGGCGAGCCUGACAGUGUCAAAUUCUCACCCUUCUGGUUUAUUUGUAUGUGAAGGUGGCAGAUCCUGUGGUGUUGCUUUGGGAUGGUAAAAGUGCAAUUUAGAAUGACUUUAUUCUUCACUGACAGUCUCGUAAAACAGAAGAAGGAUGCUAUAGCCCUCAAAAUCAACUAUCUUAAGUAAAGAGACUUUGAUUAAGUUUAAUUUACAAAUAGAGAUUAGUCAAAUCAGAAUCAUUAAUCAAGAAUUAAUCCUUUGUUUUGUAAAAACUGUUUUAAAAGCUUUCAUUUCCAUUCAAUGGCAAAUGAUGCUUCAUUUAUUUCAAAUGAUGGGUGGACAAAAUAUAUGUCUUUUUUUUUUUUUUGGCACCAAUUCUUUUUUAAAUGUCAUAUAUUUAUGUGUCUGGGUUUAAGGCAGCCUUCUGCAAGCUAUUUUAAAUUUUCCCUGGUGUAAUCUAGGGAUCUGUCAGUGAUUUUUCUUUUGAAAGAUUUCUUUCAACUCUUAGUGAGUUACGCAUUGUACAAUAAAUGUAAUAUUAAAACGAAUCAUUAAAAAAAUAUCACUGCUUUUCUGUUAUUGGAACUGGCAGAAAUGGAAGCGUUUUAUCGCUAGUUUGUGUCACCAAGCAACCACUAGAUGGCGUCAUACAAUCGCAAAAUGAUGUUCAUGUCUGACGUAUUAGCGCUUAUCAUCAUCAUCCUCCAUUAAAGACGCUAUUGUGUUUUUUUUCUCCCUCCAAGCAGACUGGUUUAAAAUAAUUAAUGGAAUAGUUAAAUCGAUAAUUAAAAUUCAAUAUAAAGUU